AAGCCGUAGGAAAAUGAAACAGAAUAUGACAAUGUGGCACAUCAGCGGGUUUGUGUAGUUCCCGAAGUCGCCGCUAGAGGAAGCACGUGGUCGGUCGUCGUUGAAGCAAGCAGGCGGAAGACCGAUAUUUUUCAUGGUUUUAUAAGUGUAGAAGAAUUAAGGAAGUAAGGUGUAAACAUGGCGAGGGUGUAUGUUGGAGGUUUGCACUAUAACUGCCGUGAAAGAGACCUGGAAAGGUUUUUCAAGAGGUAUGGCAGACUUCGUGAUUGCCUUAUCAAAAAUGGAUAUGGCUUUGUGGAGUUUGAGGAUGAGAGAGAUGCAGAUGAUGCUGUCUAUGAAAUGAAUGGAAGAGAAUUGUUAGGAGAAAGGGUGACUGUAGAACAUGCCCGUGGACUUCCAAGAAGGGGUGGUUAUGGAUUUGGUGGUGGUGGUGGCGGUCGAGAUCGUGACCGAGAUCGUCGACCAGCUUGGCUUGACAGAGCGAGUUGGAGUAAGCCAAGUGACCUUCACCGCAGGUACGGCCCCCCAACGAGGACACCUUACAGGGUCAUUGUUGAAAAUCUGUCAUCUCGCAUCAGCUGGCAGGAUCUCAAGGAUUACAUGCGCAAAGCAGGAGAAAUUACCUUUGCAGAUGCCCACAAGCACCGUCGCUAUGAAGGUGUUGUAGAGUUUGCCACCCGGUCUGACAUGAAGAGGGCCAUUGAGAAGUUAGACGAUACUGAACUGAAUGGAAGGCGAAUUAGGCUGAUUGAGGAUCGACAACACUCCCGUUCCCGCUCAAGAUCUCGCAGGCGAUCUCGUUCACGUUCACGAUCCCGCAGGUCAUAUUCAAGGUCAAGAUCAAGAGGUAGGAGUCGUUCUCGUUCAAGGUCAAGGAGAUCAAGAACUAAGUCACGAUCAAGGUCCAGGUCUAAGGAUUCUCGCUCACGGUCACGUUCCCGAUCCCGUUCAAGGUCCCCUCGAUCACGUUCGAGGUCAAAAUCGCGAUCUAGGUCCAGGUCAAAGUCUGUAGAAAGAAAGAGGUCAAGAUCAGGUGGAAGAGAUAGCCGUUCACGAUCAGGCUCCAGAAAGAUGUCAGAAGAGCCAUUAGAUAAGCCUAAGGAAAUGGAGACAGCUCGUUCUCGCAGCAGAUCCCAUAGUAGAUCACGAUCUAGAUCUCGCAGCCCAAUAGAUAACAAGAAAGAAACUUCUCGAUCUCGCUCACGGUCACGGUCAAGGUCACGAUCACGAUCACCCUCUGCUUCACCACGUAGACGUGACAGUCGCUCUGGAUCUCGUUCAAGGUCACCCCAGGAAAAUGGACAUGACCAUCCUGAGGAUGAAUAAUGAGUAUGGUCAUUAUGUAUAGACACAAAAUAUUUAGUUUAGACCAGUGUUCCUAAUAAAGCACAUCUUGGCCAGAUAAUAUUAAUGAAGAAAAUUGCUAAGAGUAUUUCAACAAUAACAAUAAUAGUAAGAUUUUAUUAGUGUCCUUGUUGAUAAGUGUUUGUAUUAGAUAUGUAUAUAUUUUGUAUGUCCUGUAUGUCCGUAUGUAUGCAUAUUUGUAUGUAUUAGUUAUGUAUAUAUAUUUAAUACACACUUCAAAACAUUUUACUCUUUGCCAUAGUUCUUCUAAGGGAACACUUGCAUAUUGGCAUUUUUAGAAAAAAUGUUUUUACAAAAAAUAUAAAAAUAAAAAUAAAAUUGAAACCAUGGAAUCAAGAUAUAGCAUUGAAAAUUGUAUUUUAUGCACUAAUGCUAUUUUACAUUUCGUUAUGCUUCUAUGUAUAAGAAAGGUUUUUUGGAGUAUGUGAACUAAAUGGGUUAUUUUAUUUUUUUUAUUUAUUUAUUUAUUUUUUUUCUUAUGUGAAACACCCACGCUGGUCACAAUAUUAGCUGGUAAGUCCAGUGGCACUGGGUAGAUAUGCUGUAAACAAUUCAGAGUAUUAUCAGUACUUUGGAGUAGGUCAUGCUUGGUUGUUAAUUGAGCUCUCCUUUCAAAUUAUCUGCCUUUUUCAGUAGAUAUGGAGAUGGAUAAUUUUACUUGAAUAAUAGUAUGUUUAUAUGAAGAGUUUUGUACCAUCAUUUUCUUGUUUUCUUUCUUGUUCUCUUUAUGAUUUUGAAAAGAAAAGGAGAAAGUUGUGGGGAUUUUUUUUUUUUUUUUUUUUUUUUUUUUUUUUUAAUAAUUUUCCCCAUAUUUAAUUUCAUAUAUGCUGUGGUGUACUGUGGUUUGUUCAAGAUAGUACAAAGAAACAUCUUUUGGACACAAUAAGUUCUUGUGUUAAGAUUUGAUGGUGAAUAUAUUGUAUUCCCUUAUGACCCACAUACAUUAUUUAGGGAGUUGAGAUUCUUGGUAGAUUGUCGUUGUUGUUCAAAAUUUAUUAAGUGCCUUUGUUUAAAAAUGAUAAUCUCAUGCAUUGAGAUGAAACCAAAUAUUAGCACCAUGCAUCAUGCUCUUAAAAAUUUGUGGUUGUCUUUAUAACUAAAACUUUUUUGUGGUGUGAAAAGGGGUGUGCUUACAACUCGCCAUGAGUAUCUACUGUAAGCAAUUAUGAAGUUGCUACUUUUGUCUAGAUUUAUGAUUGUAUGUAUAGGGAUUUUUUUUAGAAAGUGAUUGACACUGGAGAUUAUUAUAUGAUUUUGUAAUUAUUGCAUAUUCUAGCAUUGUUUUACCAAGGGUAUAUCAUACAGUGUAUGGAGAAACUUGUGUUUGAUAGGCAGGUAACCAAGUGUUUCAACUCCAGUUGUCAUUAUACAAUAAGAUUCUCGUGUAGCCAUUGAUAUAUGGCAAUUUUGAACUGAAAUAAAAUAGAUGUUACCAAA